AUGCUACGUGUGCGCGACGCGCGAGCACGUGCCGUUAGUAGGGCGUGGCGGGCGAGACGCCGAUGCGCUGGCGCAGCGCGCGGAGCUAGCGCUGCUGCUGCGCCGCGCCGCCGCGGCACGGAGACGUAUACCGCAGGUAUGUUGUGCUACGUGUGCUACGUGUGCGCGGCGCGCGAGCUCGUGCCGUUAGUGGGGCGUGGCGGGCGAGACGCUGGUGCGCUGAUCCAGCGCGAGCUAGCGCUGCUGCUGCGCCGCGCCGCCGCGGCACGGGGACGUACACCGCAGGAAGACAAAUUGGACAUGUCUUUGAAUGAGUACGCGAAUCGACUCGCUGAGCAGGGCUGCCUACAAAGUGCUUUAGCUGCACUGCAGGGAACUCAGCACGAACUGGCACACCGUCUGCAGAGAGCACUUGGCCUGCUGCAGAACGAGCGUGGAGCGGCACAGGUGGGCACGCAGCAUCAGCGCCAGCAUCAGUAUGGCGCGCACACUGCUGCGCACGUGCAGUCACGCACACACGCACACCCCACGACACACAACGACCUCGCUAAUGCAUUCGGACCGGGUGUGGCAGCGGCGGGCGAGCCGGGCUGGCAGCAGCCCGCGCGCCCCGCCAGCGUGGGUACGCCGCACGGUGGGAUAACAAGCCGAUCGAAGUAUAAAGUGGACCCGUCAGUCCAAGCCGCCCCCAUGUACAACCAGUACAGUUACAACAACCCGGUGACGUCACAACCUCCCUCGUAUGGCUUCAACAGCCCGCUGCCCGACCAGUACAGCGCGGCGAGCAUACCCAACCCCGGCUACACCCCGGCCAACACUAUCAACCCCAUAAACCCCGCACCACUGAACCCAAUGAAUCCGCUCAAUCCCACGCCGAACCCGCUAAACCCCACCCCAAUGAACCCGUUAAAUCACGCACCUAUGAACCCCGUAAAUUCAGUAGCAGCCAGCGUGGCCCCAGCCCAGGCUGCGAACGGCGGGUACUACGCACCCGCUAAGUCCGUGCCACCGGGAUGGAAUGACCCACCUAUGAUGACCUCAAAAUCUAAGCACGUAGGCACCGAAGAGAUGUCGGCAAUGCACGCCGGUACACGGCAGUGGGGCCACAUUAUUGAGAAUAGGCGUCAUGUAGAGCGGCAGACAGAGGGCGCGGUGCCGGCGGUCUCGCAGGCGCCCAUCACGCACCCGCUGUUCGGUGCCGAGCCGCAGCACGUGCCGCUCAUGCCGCACCAGCCCACGCCCACGCAUAUGCCCAUGCCCAUGCCCACGCCCACGCAAAACCCCACUCUGCAGCAGCCGUACACCAACCAGCAGCAGUUCUACCCCGAGCAGCCCAACUACGCGCCCUACGCGCAACAGGCACAGCCCGCGUACACGCAACAGGUUGAAAGUCAACCGCCGCCUGAACCUACUCCCGUGCAGAAGCCGCCCAUCCCGCAGGAGCACGCCGUCAUCCAGGCGGUGUUCGACGGUCUGCAUGCGGACUGCUGUCAAAGAGCUUCCAACCCUCAAAUGAAGAGAAAACUGGAAGAUAUCCAAAGGAGGCUAGAGAUGCUGUAUGACUUACUACGCGAACACAAGCUGUCUGGCGGCGCGUUGAGCGCGCUGCACGCGUGCGCGGAGAGCGCGCGCGGCGCGCAGUGGGAGGCGGCGCUGCGCGCGGCCGCGGCGCUGGCGGCUGGCGAGGACUUUGCGGCCGCCGCCUCCUUCCUGCCCGGCCUCAAGCUGUUGCUGCAGCUCGCCGCCCACGCGCACCAGCGUGUCACGUAG